AUGCUCCACCGCAACAAAAUUAUUCACUGCGACCUGAAACCAGAAAACAUUCUGCUUAAACAGCAAGGUCGAAGCGGCAUUAAGGUUAUCGACUUUGGUUCCAGCUGCUUCGAAAAUCAAAGGAUUUAUACGUACAUUCAGUCUCGUUUUUAUCGAGCGCCGGAAGUAAUCUUGGGCUGCAAAUACGGUGUUUCCAUCGAUAUUUGGAGUUUUGGAUGCAUUUUGGCAGAGCUUCUCACAGGUAGGCUGCGUGUUUUUAUGCGCAAUUUUUUACCAUUGUAAAUUGCCACUCACUGUUUUCGUUCCUAACUUUUAGAAAUAGCUAACUUAAUUAGCAACACAUUUUCUGGCAGUUGUCUACUGAAAGUGAAAUAAUCAACCAAAUGCUCAAGUAUGAAAAACGAGAAAAAUAAAAUGACUAAACUAGUCUGGAUGCCAAAGAAUGAAGCAACAAAAUCUUCGUAAGAAAUAUUUGUAGAAUGUUUAUACUAUGACAUGGUUUCGUAGGCGUUUUCACUCCUAGAGAAUAGUUGGCAUCAUAUACAUAGGCGUUUAGCCGUGUUAACGAAACAGUUUAGUUGAGGUUAAAAGAACAUGAGUAAGAUUUUUUCCUUCAUGUGUUGGGUAUUAUUUCACCGUAAGUUCUGUAUCAGUUUUUCACAGAUGAGUUUUAUAUUUGAAAUCGACCAAAUUAAAAAAACGCUUACGCGAUUCCGGUUUUAAAGGCUUCGGACCAUGCCUAAGCAAACGUCAUAUUUUCCUGUCGAUAUCAAUUAGGGGGAAGAAAUUUUGGUGUUUAUUAUAAGUUUUCAUCAAGCAACUGAUUUAUUUCUUCACAACCAGAGCACAUUUAAGCACAGAAAACAACCAUCCCAAAUUUCCCUUCCUUCACCGUUCUAGAAUUCAGCUGUCGAUACCAUCGUAAUACUCCCCUAGCAGGGUCAUUGUCAAAACUAUUUCGUAAUCGUUAGACAUUGGUUCUGCUCCAGGAAAGUUGGCAUUAUGUAGAAAUCCCAAUCAAAGUGCUUGAAAGCGGUACGAAACGGUCUUGAGUAGGCGUCAGUCAACAGCGAUUGUUCCGACGCUCGGGCACUGCAUCAUGCACAUUUAAAAAUAUCCAGGGCUAACAGUAGCAUGUGUUCGAGUUUCGAGUUGCUAACCCGUGAACUGCCUGAUAGUCGUUACCUCGCAAACAUUGUCGGAAAGCGCACUACUUCUCACCUUGUGAGAGUUUACCCAGGCCUGAAAGCAUAGUAGUCAAGAACCAAAAGAGCCCACGCAAGCUUCCAGUAAACUCUAAGAUCUUCGGAGGUUAUAAAUGCAAGAAUUUUCAGUUUUGUCAAAAUAUUCGAAAUCCUGGGCAGCACCAGGAGAUUUGCAAAGCAUAUCUAGUCCCCGGUUUAUCAGCAACCUGUUCUUAAAAAAGUUUGCACUCACCAGGGCUUUUUGGAUAAAAGCCAAGUUUGUACACUUUGUCCUUUGGAAAAUUAAGGAAGUAUACUCACUGUAGAAGAAUGUAUUCAUGUACUAUCCAUUUUCAAAAAAUCGCUUUUUGCAACCGAUCCCACAAGUCUUUAUGUGUCGAAUAACCCGAACAAGCGCGGACCUCAUUUUCAUUCGUUUCAAAUAAUAUAGACUUAUUUUCACUGUCAUGUGAGACAGUCAAUCACUAAAGGAAAGAAGACUGUACAAUAGCCGAAACAGUCACUACAUUUUUCUGAGCUUUCGGGCACAUGCGGUUGAUUCUAUACGCAAGAGUUAAUUAGGAACACAGAAGUUCAGUGUAUUUUUUUAAUGAUUUAUUUUGAUUAGGUUAAGAUAACUAAAAGGAAAGUACUAAAUGCGCCCUUCCUGUGCUUAUUUAGACAUGAGUGCUUACAGUGCUUAUUCAAACGCCUUUCUACCUCGGCUAAAUCAAGAUACUAAAUAACACUACAAUGGCGUCUAAUAUUUUAUUCUGCAUGCUGAUGACACUGCAAAAAUAAAUGCUGCGUAAUCCAUUCCAUGGAGCAGCGAUAACGUACAUAACCGGGACCAGAAAAAGGUAACUGGUAAAGUUAACCUUACGGGAAUGGUGGUAAUAGGGGUUAUAUGGGUGGAACCUCAUAGAAGCGUACUGGAGACGCCUUGGAGGAAAGCCAUGCGAAGGAAGCCCCACGUCUGGCAGAGCGGUAUGGAUCCACGUGGACGUAGUAUAGUACCGCCUUUGGUUUGGACCGAACAGGGCGAACCAUAUUGCGGACAUAAAGGAGUAGGUCAUGUCGUAAUGUUUUUCGUUGGGUUACCAGGACAUCACGGCGACAUGGGCGGUGGGAAUAUGCAAAGUUAGACGCCUCGUGCAUUCUGCUAAAGAAUUACGUGUGGAGGGUGCAGAAAAGUGAGUCUAUACAGACAUUUUUGCAGCACCGCGUCAUCAAGACCGUUUAAUUUAAAGAAGGUCAUCCUGCCGGGGUUAGAGCCGUCGAAGAGUGUGAUUGAAUUGCGACAAAAACCCUACCGAACACCUCCUACGUAGGCAUCUGGAGUAGGCAGUUUUCGAUAGUAGUCCUACCUCUGUCAUUGUGUAUGAUCGAAUAUCAACCUUGCCUACAAAAAAGAUCGCACAUCUGUUAUAAACGUGCUAGACUUCGCUACUGGUUGCUGUUAAUGACCGAAUUGUGCGUAAAAUAGGACGGCACUCCAACGGACUUUAUAAUAAUAUUUGUAGAUGUUCCCGUUUGAUUUAUGCGAUAUUUAUGCCAGCGACCUGUUUGCACGAGUUGUCACCAGACUGAGGGGGUCGCUUAAAUUCUGCGUGACUGUUUGGCCGGAUAAUUCGCCGGUAACAAUCGGGAGAUGGCACCCAAAAAAAUCCGCCUAACCAAAGCAGCAUGUCUUACGGGACAGGUGGUAAUAGGAGUUUUAUGGGUGGUGGCUGGUCGAGAUGUACGAUACUAGUCGACGGAAAGCCUUAUUUGAACAGAUGAAUGAUCGAAGUUGGCCCGCUCUCCGUUCCGAUAUUUAAAAAUGGGUCACCAAAGGCAGUAUAGUGGUAACGGACGAGUGGAAGGCGUAUAAUCGUAUUCCCUUAGAAGGUUCUCUACAUUUCUCUGUGAACCACUCAAAGAACUUCAAGGACCCUACCACCGGACGGCACACCAAUGUCAUUGAAGCAUACUGGAGUAGACUGAAAAGGAAACUCCACGAGGGAGGCCCUGUAUGUGGUCGAGCUGCGUGGGCUCACAUAGACGAAGUACAGUACCGUCUUUGGUUUGGCCCCAAUGCCAUGUCUUUGACAGAUGCCUGGGAACUGUUCCUGCCCCAUGUUGUGCAGACGUAUCCUAUUUAAAAGUGAUUUUGUUUUGUAAUAAACUGCCAUAGUGCGAAUGUAUGCCGUAUAAUCAGGUGUACGUGUGUAACGAUGGGGGAGGUUGGGUAACGGCGACCAUCGUCCAUGUAACCUUCUGCGACGUUCGUUCGGCCAACCCAUGUUAGGCCGUCGGGGAAAGUCCAAUAAGUGCGUGAAAAUAGGCCUGCAGCCGCUGAUAUAGCCUGAAGGUGUUUGAGUGCACUGUUAAAGGUAUUAUUCCUAAGUAGCGGAUUUUUUGGGUGCUAUCUCCCGAUUUUUACCAAUUCGCCAAAGUACCCAUCAGAUGGAUGGAGUUCGAGGUCUUCUGUAGUCGAAACUACGAUUUAGUUGCUUAAGUCCGAUGAAGUUACACCUCUGCAAGAUGUGGUUAUGUAGCCCAAUCUGAUUGACACAAUACUGUUGGGGUUGGGGUUAGGGGUUAGAAUUAGGGGCUAGGGUUGGAGGUUAGGGUUGGUGUUAGGACAACUAUUUAUCAACCACUCAAAGUACAACCGCGCAUUCCCAAUAGUUUUUCUUUUGCAUACAACUACUUGACAUCGUCGCCUGCGCGUUUUCCGGCCCUAAAUGUAAAAACCCCUAUUACCACCGGUCCCGUAUUACAGGUGGCUGGGGUUUGCUUACCUCAGGUGGGGCCACAUAAUCACAUCUGACCGUUACCUCAUUCUGACCUCUUUGUGACCAGUGACAUUGCCAGACAUAGUUUGGUUGUCCGAUGUGCCCGUCAUUUUCGCCGGCACCCACAAUCCCCGAUGCAAAAAGAAGUAAGGUGGUCUUCGAGAUUAGUUGGUUAUAAAACUAUUAGCAAUAAGGACGGGGACGGAAAAUGUUAGUUGCUGACUUGUCCGAGUCAUUAACUGGUGCUACUCCGAUCCCGGGAUGCCUUGGUUAACUUGGACAUCCAAUUCGCAAGAAAAGAAAAGCAAUCAAUUGGGCUUUACUUUUUCACAUUCUUAUAGUCCGACGUACUCGAGAGUUUGCAGCCAGCUGUAAAUUUAUUAUUAGAGUCUGUGAUGAUACAGUUGAGGAACACUAUCAAAAACCCUAGCUUAUGACAGGAUAUGCUUAGUUUGGGAAAGAACGGUUGCAGACAGAGAAGGAAUGAGAGCCACAAAAAACCUUUGGACUCAUUUGUAAGUGACAUCCUUCUCAUGAGGACACUGCAGGGUUAGCUUACGGUAUGAACUAAGAGCCCUUAGGAAAACUCCAACCAAAGGAAGUAAAGGAAGCAAUAUUUUAUAUAUGUUUUCCAUACAUAUAUUUAAAUUUACAAAGGCCUCGAACAUCAAUGAGAAAAUUUCAUAUUAGUUAUGCAGUCCUUUUUGCCGAGUGUAAGUUUUGCAGGCAGCCGAAAAGAAGUUCGCUCAAAAGCCGUCAUCCUGGAGUAACUGAAUUGUCAUGGCAUUAUGCUGCAUGGUUGUUAAUAUUACAAUCCUACCCAAGUAAUCUUUUCGAGUCGAAAACGUAUUUCAGAAUUUCGGUUAACAUUUUACGAGUUAUCACACCAACUGUAUUAUAAAUACAUGUAGUAUAUGCUUCCAUAGGGAAGUAUGAAUUAUCCAACUUGUGCUCUAUAAGUCUCUAUUUUAAGACGAGUUGUGUAUUUUGCUAGGUCAUAUGAUUUGGCGAUCAAUUAAGGGAAGAUAGAAUGUUCGCAUAAAAGGUACGCACAUGAUCUGCAACACUUUUACAGAGCUAACCUUUCGAAUUCACGUCAAUGUUCUAUCUUAAAGCUAUCCCAGUUACAACUCCCAACCCUCUAGAGGAAUCUACUGUUCCCACCUCCUGAUUUUGCAGGCGAGUUUGUUAUAGUCAUAUCGGCUGUGCUAGUAGAUAUAAAGGACUGACCUUUUAAGUAUAAAAGUCUGAAUAUCUUAUUUGUUAGCUUCGAAAAAUCUCUAAUAUCUGUAGUUCUAGCUCACAGACCACACACAACAUUAAUACACCAAUAUAGGCAUCUUCAGUUUUGAAAGCGCCGCGUUUAGAGAUCCAGGUUCAUAAACCGAAAAUAAAAAAUAUCUCUAGAACAGGAUCACUGCCUGACUGACUUUUUGAGUAGUUAUAUCUACGAUGUAUUAUCGGAGCCAAUGAUAUAUACAAAAUAGAACUGAAUUUUUAUAUCUUUUUAAGUGGCCAACUUCGUACUUGCAGACUGUUCUUUUUGCGGCUAUGUCGCUUGCUGGCGGUCACUAGAUUGCAGAUAAAGUGCUACUGCAGACUUUCUGAGUGUUCAAUGGAGAGAAGGCUAGUUUUUUCCCUGCAAGUGAACUGACUGUAAAUUAAGCCUUGACAUAAUUUCCACUGCAUGUUCGGGACAGGUUUGUUCUCGUAGAUUACGAUAGAUGAAUUACCGUCAACCUCAGUGUUGUUCCUUGAUUAAGUCUCCUGACUGCUGCAGCCCGCCGGAGUAGCCAUGGCCUGUAGACCGAGAACACAGUUUGGCGUCGUGGAAUCCAAGCGACGAACGCGCAGGUCUUGGUUGCAAUCCCAACAGUUUAUAUGUUUCAUUUAUGAGGAUUUCAACUAAAUAGGUGAAUUGCGCGAAAACUUUACACAUUCCCAUAUGCAUAACUCUCAACAUGGUGGCUCUCAACCCGCAACACAUUCCGGAGAGACUGGAGACACCACUGACUUCCGAUUAGCAACUAUUUUAGGCCGAAGCUGUUCUGAGAAUAAGCAAUUCUCGCAGGGAGCGUGGAUCACAAAUGCCACUUUAUUAACCUUACGUAUAAACCCCUUCCUGCUCAUCAAGGUCUUAUUGUCAUUACAUUCGUGGAAAAAAGGACAUAAUGGCCAUGGCUGACUUAAUGAAAAACGGCUGGCAUUCACACGACGCUAACAGACAGUUAACUCGACGUGAACCAGACUAAUCAUCCGGUCGAAUAGUUACCCAAUAGGUUAAAGUAUUCCCCUCCCACGAUUUGAAUGAGCAGACAGAAAUUUGACACUAAAGCAGUCUUACCAACCGGUUUGCAUAAAUUGGGCAAAACAAUGAAGGCCUAUGAAAAUCAAUAAGAACAUAUCCGACCGCCUAGAAAGUCGUGUGACAUGCAAUCAUAUUUUUUCACACAGCAGGCACUGACAAUGGAUCACAGAUACAGCUAUUCUGAAAGGUAUCUAAAUAAUAAUGCGGUGCUAGUGUUACUGUUUUACUCCUUGGAUUCUUUUUGCCUUUUGAAUAUUAAGUAGACUCUAUGUAGUCCGCCAUUUGGUUUAGAUGUCUUUACAUGAGAUCGCUAAUGUAACUUAUCUGACCAUAUUGCAAACGGUGAAGUUAGGCGUUCGAUGUGCGAAAAUAAGGGUUCUGUAAAAAUAGCUUUUUACGUCGAAAGAUAAUCAUUUUCUUAUGAAUUAUUCAUCGACCCCAAGAAAAUCUCGUUAUUCUAAUAUUUUGCUGAUUCGGAUGAUUUUAACCAGUAAUUAUAAUGCCCAUGCUUAGUGUGCCUGUGCACCAGCAGCAUUUUGAAAUGGAAAGCAUCACAGUAACUAGUAAAUAAUUACACAAUUGUAUACUACGGGUUGCCUGCUGGCACUUUGUGAAUAUUACGCGGUUACUCCGCAGUUGCUGAUGGAUUUCAGCUCAAACAUUCAUAUAAACUUUCGGACUGUGCCUGAAAAGUUCUGUUUUGAGGAAUUUACUUUAAGUUCGCGCAUUAAUUUCUUCAGAAAUCAAACAAAGUAAAAUGGAAUGUGCAAUUUUGUUUAAAGGAAGUUAUAUCGGUUGUUUUUUUGGAACAUAUUUUAGUGUCGGGGACCAUUUGCGCACGUCUCCUGCAGUUACGCUUGUUUUGAUAAAAUGACCGCUGCCGACUGCCGUGGAUUUCUACUUUUGUGCAUCAUUGUGUAUAUGCUUAUAAAAUGUCUGCUUAAUUGGAUAUUUCACUUUGACCCACCUGUAAAAAACUCGAUGCCUCGGUGGGAUUCGAACCCACAACAGCAAUGGGAGGCUUUAACACAGCAAACGCUCUAACCAUCUGAGCUACGAAGCCCCACCGGACGAUGCGGGUUUAAUGACAUUAGGGUCAAGUUUAUCCUCCUAACCUACUGCAACGUCUGGAAUCCACCAAAUCUGAUACAGCAAGCUGACUGCCCAAGCGGGAUUUCCUAGGUAAUACAUCUAGAAUUCACCAGAUGAAUACCAGGCUCACGUAAUUCAGUGCCCUCGCUGUCGUGGGUGCGAAUUCCACUGAGGCACCGAUUUUUUCACAGGUGGGUCAAAGUGAAUUAGUUAAAAUCAGCCAAAACAUCUCUAACUGAAUAUUAACGACUGAAGUCUUACCGGCAAAGCUGCGUGAACUAUAUGUUAGACAUAUUAGUCGUUACUGUAUGACUGCUGCUUCUUGUUGGGGCAUAAUAAAUUCCGGGGUUUGGCAAGCAUUCUGCCGUAUAAGCAGCACAGCAUCCGUAAUCGUGACGGGUCUGCAAAGUCUGUCCUUGCUUUCUAUGCAAAUACAUUUAUGUGACUGUCUGAGACGAAAACUUUGUUUACUUCGUAUUGAUCUCUACACUUUUGCAUUGACCUAACUUUAAAUGCACAAAAAGCCAUUUUUUUCUUACAGGUGUUUAACUUGCGAAAAAAUAAAAGAUUAUUUUUCACUUAUUUGUUCCACUUUAUUGCACAAAACGAAAUUAAGGCGUACAUAUAAAAUGAUAAAAAAGCAAACCUCUGCUGAGUCGUUUCCUGUCCUUAUUGAUGCUCGCUAGAUUUUUCUCAACGUAAUCAAGAUGACUUUAAAAUAAGCCGCAAUUUUCUUUGUUUAGGUUCGCCACUGUUUCCAGGAGAAGACGAAUUAGAUCAGUUAGCCUGCAUCAUGGAAGUCCUAGGAAUGCCUCCACAGAAACUACUGGAUCAGAGUCGCCGCCUCAAACACUUUUUCUCGGCGACUCAUGGAUGUCCCCGGUAUUGUAUGGAGGUAGAUGAGAACGGCCGCGUCAUUUUGAGACCCGGAAAAACGAAGCGAGGCAAAAUUAGAAACAUUCCCGGCUCACGGAGUCUUGUGUCAGCCUUGAAAGGCUGUGAGGACCCCGUCUUUCUUGACUUCCUAAGCCGUUGCCUUCAGUGGCUCCCAGAAGAUCGUAUCACUCCAAGAGAGGCCUUUCGUCACGAAUGGCUACGUCGCCGACAGCCAAAACCCACAAUCACUGGCGCAGUGGCUGCUCUAACAACCCAGACGGCACCUUACUCCUGUGGAGAACAGAGGCAGAUCUUCUCUAUGCCUGCCGCCAACAGUACUUCCGUCUCUGUCAGUCAUGCUUCCUCACAGCGUGUACCACAUAAUACUGACUCAAUCCAGUUUGAGACAUGCAAGCCACAACAAACUUCUCCCCUUCACUCCCAAAAGGUGGAUCGGCAGCAUAAGCCGCACGCACAGACACUUGGACAAACGCGUCAUCUUCUCAACAGUCAGUGCCUUAGCACAACCUGCGAGAUGAACACGGUUAGUAACGGCAUCAACUCGGAGCAUCGCUGCCAACAGACAGCGGGCACGCCGACGCAUAAUACGACGGCCGUUAAUGCCACCAAUCAGGGUGUUCGGCACGACAAUUUUGACACUAGUCUUGGAGCCGGCGACAAAAUGCUCUACGAGAUAGCCAGCAAACCGCAGGCUAUUUAG